UCUCUCUCUCUCAUUACUCAGAUUUUCGUUGUGAUGACAGCAAACUCGUCUCUCAGAAUGAGGCGAAACUGCAACUUAGAACUUCGCCUUUCUCCCACCACCACCGCCGCCGCCUCCUCUUCCGCCGAUAACGGCAGCCUUCAAAGCCAGCAACUCACCAUCUUCUACAACGGCCGGAUCUGCGUCUGCGACGUUACCGAGCUUCAGGCACGAGCGAUUUUAAAGCUGGCAACUAGAGAAAUGGAGGAGAAAGACUUGAAUGAACCGACAUCGCCGAUGCUACAACAAUCUCCCGUACCUCGGACACCGACCACUUCCGGGCUCUCUAUGAAGAGAUCGCUGCAAAGAUUUCUGCAGAAGAGGAAGCAUAGAGUCCAAGCAACAUCUCCAUACAAUCACUGAAGCUAAUUACAAGUCAUUUGGGGUUUAGAAAAUGUUUUAGAUCAAGUUCUUGAUGUCCCUUUUUUUGUUUUGUUUUUUUUUUUUUGUAAAUUACUAUGUUUUUGGUUUUUGUUUAAUUCUUUAGCAUUAAAAUUAACUUUCUCUGUGUUUUUAGAAUCCAUAUACAUAA